AUGGGCGCUGCUAUCUCUCAAUUAUGGACUCCUCCUAUGAUCGACAUUGGCGUCGUCGGGCUUCCAUCAGCUGGCAAGACUGCAAUAAUCCAUAAACUCAGUGGAGGCCAGAAACCAACAGAGCCAUUGAACCAAAGGUCACAACAAUACUUCAUCUUUGACUACUCCGGAAACGAAAAGCAUCUCGAGAUAGACAAGGAUCUUGAGGAGAACAAAAACUUCCGCAUUGUAGCAACGAGUGCUAUUACCGGCGAGAAUCUUGUCGAAGGUCUUGAGUGGAUGCGACAGGUUGUGCGCGCAAAUCCGUAG